GAGUCAGAAGCGCUAUCGCGUCGCAAGUGAAUCACUGCUUCGAAGCAUCAUGAUCCGAAGGCCUCCUACAAGCAUCCUCGUCUCAUCAAGCGACAUCGAAGAGCUCAAGGCAAUCAGAAAGAAGGCAAGGGAGGAGAGCUUAAGCACAGCAGAUCAGCAGAAGCCAGACACGCCCUUGCAAGGUCAGCCUGACUCAAGCCAACAUCCCGCAGACAGGCGAGCCGGAGAGAGGAGGGAAAUGACGGCAGCUGAGCGAAUCGGCUUGACGAGGUGAAUCACAUACAGACUUCUACCACAAAAUGUCUGCACAUCAGUAAUGUGUCCCUCUGAUACCUAAGCUUUUGACUAUGGGCUCGACAUCAUCUGGCUUCUGGUCCUUUACCAUUCUUGUGGCGUACUGAGUGACCUCCUGGGGGAGCCAAUAUACGGCUUCGCCUUGACCGGUCUCUGGCGUCAGAGCCUCAUGGACCACAGCAUACUCCAACACUGAUAUCUGGGAAUGAAAGAGCAGAUGGCUCUGGUGUGGCAAUGUAAACCGUCCUUCAAUCAUCAAUGCAGGUUCUUCUCCAUCGCCCUCGUG